CCUCUAUCCUUGUGUUCUUUCUGUCGUCGUUUCUUAACAUCCUUAAAGUUUGUUCUCUUUUUUCUGUUUGCAAAUGGUUUAUAUUUUCGUCAAGAUCCAUCGUCCAUACCUGCCUAAUACUGUUUCUUCCUCACUCAAAACCUUGUCUCUCUCUCUCUAACUUAUAGUGUCCACACGGAUAUCCACUAAGUGCCAAACCUGGUCACAUGUUUGGCCCUUCAUGGUUCUUGAAUCAUUAUUUCUUGUGGGUUCUUGAUUCUUGAAUCUUAAAUCGAUCCCUGAAUCUUGAAUCUUAAAUCGAUCCCUGAUUCUUGUGUCCUGAAUAUAUGAUUAUCAAGGGGAGAUAUGAUAAUAAUUACAAGAAGAAGAGCGGUCAGAUUCCAAGAUUUGGAGAUUGGGAGGACGCAAAUGAGAUGCCAAUAACACAAUACUUCGAGAAUGCAAGACAAGCUGGUCUGCUUCGUCACCAUAAUCACUUCACUACUUCUUCUUCUUCCACAGCCACUUCAUCAUCUUCUUCUUCUUCUGCAGAAGCCCUCAAGCUUGGUUCUCACCAUACCCGUCCACGUCACCCCCAUCCUUCAAGACAGACGGCGGGGACUAAGGAAAAGAGGGGACCACAAAGGCGCGUGCGUGACGUCAGUUCACAGACAGACAAGUAUUAUGUAGACGUCACCGGAGUGAAGCACGACGUGGCUCCGGCUUCGAGGCCACCUAAGCCCGUUGAUGAGGAUCUCUACAAGAUUCCUCCUGAGCUUAUCUAUUCUUCAAGAAGGAAGAGAAGGUCUGGCUUUUUAGCAUGUUUGGUUCCAUGCGCAUCUUGAACUAAAAAAAGGAAGAAUGAAGUCAAGGAGAAGAAAAAGUAGGAUCAUUAAUAAUGUAAUUUGUAUUUUGUUAUUUAAUUUCAUUUAAUAUACAUAUAUGAUAUGUUAUAUAUAUGUGGCUUGGCAGAAAAAGAGAGAGCAUACUCAUGGUUUAUAGAAAAAGAGGAACAAAGUAAUAGCGUAGUUGUCCUUUUGCUCUUGACAAAGGAUUAUCGAUCGGUUUUGCAGUUGUCUUGUUGCAUCCUACUUUAUAAAGUUUUUUCGUCACGUCGGUUCUCAACAUUCUUUUUGUGUGUGAUUUCCUUUUAUGAGAUUUACUGAAAAGUGAUAUUUGCAUGUUGAAAUAGCGUUUUCUUUGAGUUUACUUCUAUUGUUUGGUUAAGUCUCGUUUAUAUUUUGAAACAAGAUUUGGUCACUGAGAAAAACGGGAGAAAAGCGGGAACAAUAACCAAACGAU